UCAGACCUACUCUCCUCGCGCGCGUUUUACAUUAGUAUCGUGAUUGUAGUCUUUUAAUCGCGUCAAACUGAUAUAUCCCUCUCAGAAUCAUCACGUCAGUCAAUUGCUCGUCGAAUAACCUAAAAAAUGUCGAGUUCAGACGCGAUCUGUGAGAAGAUACACGACGCACACGGGCCGCGGUGGGAGCGCGGCGGCAUUUGCGUCGCGUGCGUCCUGGAGAUGAUGGACAGGUCGGAUGUAUCGGCGGUGCGGAAGCGCGCGGCGCUCGUGUCCGUGAUGCGCGUGCCCGCUGUUCGCGAGUUUCUGUAUCGCGAAGAAGAAGGAAGAAUAAACUUCAUCUCAUCAUUACUGAGAACGCUGUUCAGCGCCGUGGAUUCAUCUCUGCUGGAUCAGACCGCACAGGUUCUGCUGCAGGUGACGCUGGACAUCCCGAGUCAAGCACUUCUGCUCUUCAUCCUGGACCAGAUCCACUCACGGUGGUCUGAUGUCGGGGGUCUGAAAGCGUCUCUGUCCUCUGUCAUGUUUCUGGGUAAACUGCUGGACGCUCAUCCCGCUCUGAGCCAAACACUCACGUCCAGCCGCUCGCGUGUGCUGGAGUGUGUGUGUGCCGCUCUGCUGCUCUCAGAUGAGGACGUGAAGGCCGGUGUGUGUUACGUGUUGUUGAGGAUCUGGAGCUCCGCCUCCGCCGUCCAGAUGCUAACAGACACUCUCCGCCAGCGCAUGUGUGUGUUACUGCUGCACACGCUCUCAAACACACACACCACAGCGCUCACCGUCAACUGCUUGGGUGUAGUGAAGCAGAUGUGUCAGUACUCUGAGGUGGUGUGUGUGUUGAUGAAUCUGAAAGACGGCGCUGAAGAUCCACUGCCGUAUCAACCACUGCCGCUCAUUCUGAAGAAGCUGUUGUUGAGCGCUCAGGACUCUCUUCAAGUGGUGUCGGUGCGCUGUGUGUGUGCCGUACUGAUUCACGCUCCUCAACGCUUUACUGCCGCCUUCAUUCAGGCCGAUCUACCCGAGUUUCUGCUGGAGGUGAUGAGCAGCGGCUGCACUGACGUGUUGCUGUGGUCCGUCUUCAGCUGUUUACUGCUGCUGUCCGAAGACCCGCUCUUCUUCUCGCAGUGUCACGCCGUCUACGGUAUGGAGCCGUUAGUGCGAUGUCUGAAAGAGACUCUGGGAAAGUCCAACACGGAGGUGCAGAAACAGGGACUGGAGCUGCUGUCGGCCAUAUUGGACAGGCAGCCGGCAGCUGUGCGCUUGUUCCCGACCGCCUCUGAAUUCACAGGUGUGUGUGAUGUCAUCGUGGAGGGCGUGGCCACUUCCUGUCUGCAGGUGUCCAUGUGUGCAGUCCGAGCCGCCGCUAUCCUCCUCAGGCCGAACCACCAGUCCAGUCCGGUUCAGUUCUCAGACGUCAGGAGAGUCGUGGAAGCCGUGAUGUCCAAGUGCAGAGAGAUCAGCUCUGGUUCAGAAUCAGUGUCAGCUGCUGGAGUUUUACUGCAAACGCUCACGUGCUUCGAUGCUGCUUGCAGGUUGCUGGAGGUGUGUGUGUGUGAGUCAGAUCUCACGGACGGUGUGUGUUCAGCUCCAGCGCAGCAGCAGGAGACGCUGGAGUCGGUGUGUGUGUUUCUGCUGCACUGCUGCGACACCACCUGCAUCCCUGCAGUCACCGGCGUGUGCGAGCGGGUCUCGUCUCCACAGACGCUGCAGCUCUUCCUCUCGGUUCUGUCUCGUCAGUUCGCUCUGUGUCCCGCUCACAUGACCUCCUUCUCCAAGAAGCUCGCUGCGUCUGGAUUCAUCAGACUGACUGUGGACAGUAAAGCCCAGCUGUGUUCAGGGAACAGGAACGCGUCUCUGAAUCAGAUCUGCUGUGAUUUCCUCAUGAAGCUCUGCAUGUGUCUGAUCUCAAACACUGACACCUGGAACCAGGAAGACAUUCAGGAUGUGCAGCAUGUCCUGCAGGAGUCUCUGCCGUCUCUGUGCUGCAGUGUGUCCGACUGGCCCUCCCUUCUCCCUGAUAUCCCACAAUCCCUCAGGAACACACAGUUCUGCAUCAUCCACCUGCUCCACCUCUCGCUGCUGCACGGAGACAGGUGUCUGUGUGACUCGGCCGUGUUCUCCUGCGUUCUGCGCUUCAUCGUGUGUGUUCAGGAUCAGUGUGACGACGCUCUUCCUGCGUGUGUGUUGAGUUCAGUCCUCUAUCUGCUGUCUGUCAAUCAACACGCCGGCCCUCCACUGGACAUGGUGUCAGUGAGCGUGGUCAGUAAAGCGCUGUCCUCGUGUCCCGCGGUGUUCUCGCACGCUCUUCCUCUCUCCGCGCUGAGCCUCAUCUUCCAGUAUCCCGAGCUCUCGGAGCGCUUCGGGGCGCCGGCGCUGACGGGACGCCUCUCUCGCGGGCCAGAGGAGGAGCGGGAGCUGCUGGAGCUGCUACACACACACCCUGCAGCGCUGCUGAACAUGCUGGGCGUGGCGUGUGACGCCGAGACCGCUGUGUGUCAGUCAGCCGUCGGUGUGUUGCGAUCGUUCCUGUGUUCAGUCGACGGCGUCAGCAUCAGCAGGACAACUGAUCUCUCCGAUCACAUCCGAUCCGCACUCAUGAGCGUCCUGCAGAGACACACACACACAGACGGGCUGUCGGUGCUGUUGGAUGUGUUGUCUGUGAUCCAGAGUCACUCGUCCAGUCAGAUGACCCACACAGACUUCAAACUGCUUUACCACGUCAGUAAUCUGGUAGGAAAGAUGGACUCCAGUGACUCUGAGCUGCUGCUGUCUGGGUUCAACUGUCUGUACUGCUUCCUGUGUGUGUGUCCGUCACACGCCACCGACAGAGUGGCGUCUCUGCUGCUGGGGAACGUGAGGCUGCUGGAGCUGCUGGAGGAGGUCUUGUCUUCAUCAUCUUCAUCAUCUUCAUCACUGCACUGCUCCUCCCUGCUCCUGCUCUCCUCACUCGUGCUCCUGCAGCACAAACACCACGCUCAGGUGCAGAAGAGCAUCCGUGUGGAUCUUCAUCAGAUACUGAGACGACUGGCCUUCAACAAGAGAGAGACGGACGCGCUGCUGCUCGUGUGCAGUGUGCGGUUCGUGCAGGUGUGUUUGGAUGUGGACGAGUCUGCUCUGGUGUGUGUGUGUGACGCAGCGCUGGAACGACCCCUUCAGACGGCAGACGGUGCUCUACACCCACUGGGACACAGCGGCACCGCCAGCCUCGUCACGGCCCUCAGCGCGCUCAUGCUGCAGAAGCAGGAUCUGCUGGUCAGCGCGGCUCUGAACUGUCUGACGUCUCUGAUGGAGUUUCUGUGCCGCAGGACGCCCGAAUCAGUGCAGCACAUGGUGGUUCAUCAGCCGUGGACUCGUUUCCUGCUCUUCUCUUUACUGUCGUGUGACGGGAGCCUGAGACCUGCUGCACUGCAGCUGCUCACACUGCUGGUGCGUUUCAGCGGCAGCGUCUCGCUCUGGAAGUCAGAGGUUGAGUCUGUGUGUGAGGAGGUGGAGAGACGAGGAGUGACGGACCUCAGCAAACACACACUGAGCAUGAUGCUCACACAGUGUUGUGCUGUUGCUCCUCCUGAUGAUCUGAGGAUGAGGAUGAACGCUUUACUGGAGUCUCUCCAACCUCUUCCUCCCUCGGACGCCUCCAACAGACACAUGCUUCGGGUUGGACGGGUCUCUGUCUGUCUGUCGGACCUCAAACCCGGUGCUCAGGACUUCUGAUACACACACACACACACCUCUGCACAGUUGUACUUGUUUUCUAGUGAAGAUCUCCGACUGAAAUAUGUUGACAAUCGGUUACUCAUUUUAUCAUUUAUGUUGUAAUGGUUAUUGAAUAAUAUUCAUUAUUAUUAUUAUUAAAAAUAACAACACGUUUUACAUUUUGUGAGUUGUAGCAAAAAUGUAUUUUUGUUGAAAAUAUAAUAAAUAAUUUAAUAUUU